UUAUGUGGUGGACGCAGUUCAUUGAUCACAUGCCCCAUAGGUUGAAGAAUUGUUUUGCCAGCACGAACUUCAUCUCAGGGAGUACCUUUAUCUCUGGUGGAGAAUUUCUAUCAGCUGGGGAGAAAUGAUGGGGAUUGUAAAGAUAUCGGAUGACAAAUAAAUUGGAGAAUCUUUGAAUUUUAGUAUCAUUAAGAAUUAUGAUUUAAUAAGAAUUUAUGUUUUUAGGAUUUUAUAUUUUUAUUAGUAGUUUCCAAUUCCAUUUUUUCCUAAUUAGAUGGCACUUAUGGUUAUAUAUAUGGCUUAUGUCAUGUUUUGGAUACUUAGACUUGAAUGAUUAUUAAUUAUUGAAUAUUGAAAGUGAUUUGAAAUUGUGAUUUUUAUUUAUUUUUCUUCUUCAUUAUUCUUUCUUUUAUUCUUCUCUUUUGAAAACCCUUGUUGUGGUCUUGUGCCGAUUCCGUCUUCUAGUUCUACAUCACACUUCCUCUUGUGAAUGACCCUCUCCUUAUUUGUUUGGUGCUUGUAAAGUCUCUUUUUCGGCAUGUAAUAGUUGUAGUUAUUUUUGGAUGAUGAUAAUAUGUUAAUUGUAUUUUUCAUUUGAGAGUUGGGAUGCAUGUUCGGGAGACUUAACCUCACCAUAAAAUGGUUUGCUCGUAUUUAAAAUUACCACAAUUAAUUUUAUCACUGCUUGUCUGCUCGUAUCUAAACAAACUUAAUCUUAUGAAACUUUGAAGUUCGAUAUACUUUAACAAGUUUAGAUAAUUUUCAAAUAAAUUGGACUUUGAAUCCAGAUUAAAAUUAACGAGUUGUCAAGCUUAAAAACCGGAAUGUAUUCCUCGACCACAUUUUGGGUCAUUGGACACUUACCUAAUCAUGGACUUCUUUAAUUGGUUUGACUUUUAGUUACCCAUUUAACUUCCUUCCGUUCAUCUUCUUGGGGUUAGAAAUCUGGGGCGUGACUGUCCUCAAGGCCUCAACCAAACCCUUCCUUUCUCUCUCCAUCAUCUCAUGCUAUUGUAGCCUUUGUUGUUGCUACUUGGGGCCAACUUCUGGAAUGUAACAACAAUGCUGUAUACUUCUUAAAGAAAAUGUAUACUAGAGGUGGGUACACAUGCAAUUUGCGUGAAGAUAUAUGUAAUUUAGGAAUGAAGAAGAUGAAUAGAAACCGUGUAUGUUUGUGGAGUUUUAAAUAUCUAAAUUUAUUAGAUUUUUUCACAUGACAAUUUUGAAACUCAUCAAUUGUUGGUAUUUUUGGAAAAUGAAAAAAGCAUAACAAAGUGUUCACAUCAACUGACUUGUAUACUUUAUGUAAUGUAAUAGUAUAGAUACAUAUGUGGUUCUAUUAUGUAUACUUGUAACCAUGGAUUCAAUAAUUUGAAACAGGGUCUGAAAAUGGGAUCUUCUGUUGAAGCUAUACAAGCUGCUAAGGUUUAUCGCCAGCUUCUGAAAGCUGUCAAGAAACAUGUUGAUAAAGAAGAGAAAAAGAGUCAUUUCAUCGAGUUCAUAUCGCAGGAGUUCCGAACAAGCCAUGAACAAUUGGACCUCUCAUCCAUCCAUCAAAAAAUAAAGCUUGCCCGUGAUUACACGUUCCUUCUAAAUAGUGUCCACCAUCACAAGGACUUGUUGUUUUCUUACAACAUUGCUGUGGAUAGAUCUGAUGAAAUGAAAAAAGUUCUAGGAAAAUCUGCUGCAAGUGUGGGUCUUCAACUUCCCGAAGUUUAUCAGUCUUGAUUGUUUAGCUGUUGCAUCUCACAGAGUGGAAGAGGUCAGACAAAUACUUUUUAGGCUGUAUUUGGAUUUUGGAAAUAAUGCAUUUUUGCCCUCCUAGUGAGCAUUCACUAUUUUGUCUAAAUGUUGGUUCAAUUUAUGUAGUAUUUGAUGUGUUGCAACUGGUAAUUGUGAUGUAGUAGUAUUAAUUUGACAAGUCUGUAUAGUUUUGUAGUUGACACUAGAAUUUUGGAGUAUUUGAUUGAGAGGUUCAUGAUUUGAUGAAUA